CAUGACACGGCUUGCUCAGGUUUACUUCUUGUUCUUAAUAGUCAUUAAAAUAACUUCAACUUUCGUGCUCCUUAAUUCGCAAGGCUCGCUUCCUGUCUUCCCAUGUUACUUGCAUGAGGAUGCACAAAAAAAACUAACCCCUUCCCUCCUUCUCUUCCUCCCUAGACCUCUCGGUGGGGGUGAUCGCCGCCUGGGACGCUGACGACGCCUCGGAAGGCACCAACGCCAAGCUCAUGUACUCCAUCGAGAAGAACGUCAUCCACGAGCGCACGGGCGAGGCCAUCUUCCGCGUCAACCCCGAGACGGGCCUCAUCCAGACGGCGCUGUGCUGCCUCGACCGCGAGACGACGCCGGAGUACAACAUCCAAGUCGUGGCCACGGACGGGGGCGGCCUCAAAGGGACAGGCACGGUGGUGGUGAGGCUGGCGGACGUGAACGAUAACUCCCCUCGGCUGGCGCGUCAACUAUGGGAGCUGGAGGUGGACGAGACGUGGGGGGCAGGCCCGCCCAACGACACCACCAUUCUCGAGGUGUCUGCCGCCGACAGAGACACAUCCAACUACUUCUUUUAUCGGGUGGUGGAGGCGAGCGGCUGGGGGUGGGAGCACUUCAGAAUGCGGUCCGUGGGUGCGGUGGGCCAGCUCUACGCCGUCAAGACCCUGGACUACGAGAACGACACGCACAGGAGAGGCUUCAGGUUCAUGGUGCAGGUCACGGACAGGGGUCGUGGGGGCUGGACGGACCCUCGCCACCUCGAUGCCGCCUGGGUCUCCAUCACGCUCCGGGACGUGAACGACAACCCGCCGCAAUUUCACCGCCCACACGCCCACGUUACCGUACGGGAGGACGCCGCCCCCGGCACUCUGCUCGCCGCCCUGCCCGCCCAAGACCCCGAUAUGGGCGGGACGCAGGGCGUGGACUACCAUGUGGCAGGGGGUUGGGGCGCCCUCGCCGUCAACGACAUAGGUGAUGUGAGUCUGUGGCGCGCCCUGGACCGCGAGGCUCCGGGCGGCUCCAUCGCCUUGGCUCAGAUCAUCGGUGUGGACCGCGGAUCGCCGCCGCUCAGCGCCACGGCCACGCUAACCAUCACGGUCACCGAUGUCAACGACUGUGCGCCGAUUCUCCUGCCGCCCACUGUCCUGCACGUGGCCGAGGGCUCCCCGCCCACCCUCCUCGGGGUUCUGGCGGCCACUGACCCUGACGUAUGGGCGCUGGGUCACGGCCCGCCCUUCAACCUCUCCUUGGCGCCCACCAAUCCUGCCCACGUACUCUCCCACAUCUCCCUCACCUUCGACUCACACCUGGACAGCGGGCGCGGCGGGGCGGAGCUGUGGACGGUGGGCCCGGUGGAUCGCGAACAGUACCCGGAGCUUCGAGUGGCCGUGGUAGUGGGCGACGCGCGGGGGCUGGCUGCCACCCACACCAUCACCAUCAUCAUCGACGACAUCAAUGACAACCCCAUGAAGCCCGCAGCCAAGACCGUCUACCUGUGGAAAAUGCAGGGUGGAGGAUCGGACGCCCCUCUCGGCCGCAUCUAUGUAAACGACCCCGACGACUGGGACCUCAGCGACAAGACCUUCAGCUGGAUGGCCUCCCCGCACCCCCUCUUCACCCUGAACCCUGAGGACGGGACCAUCUACGCCUCCAGCCACGUGCGGGAGGGAAGGUACGAGCUCGAGUUUGCCGUGAGCGACAGGACGUGGGGCCAGACUGGCGUGGCUGCCAACGUGACGGUGGCGGUGCGACUCCUGAGCCCCGACGCCCUGGGCCACGCCGCCGCCGUCAUCCUCACGCCCACCACGCCCGAGCAGCUCACACAGGGAUGGACGCCCGUGACUGGAGGCGGCGGGUUGGGUCGGCUUGUGGAGGCAGUGGGCCAGGUGGUUGGGACGGCCGGCCACACCAUAGAGGUAGUGAGUGUCUACAACCUCCAGUAUCCAUCACACACCACGUCCAGACCAGAGCCACACCACACCACGGAACCAGACCCACACCACAUGCCCCUUGCUCCCACCCCGACCACCAUCACCCCAGACCUCACCACCCACCACGUGGAUCCUCCUACACCUCCUUUACGCCCCUCAACGUGUGUAUGGGUCAGCGUGAGGGAGGAAGGGCGGGACCGAUUCAUGGAUCCUGUCAAGCUUCAAGGGCUGCUAGGACUGCACACCUUCGUGCUGGAGGAGAAGACGGGCCUGACGGUUGUGGUGGAGGACCCGGCGGCAGCGCCGGGCGUCUGGACACAGGACCUUCAGGAGCACGUGGACCAGCCCCGCCCCGCCUGGGGCACGGACGGGGCGCCUGACCUGUCCUCGGCAGCCACCCGCGCCUCGACCACGCUGCCCCUUCAGGUCGUGGACACUAACGUCACUGCCCUCGUCACGCCCCGCCUCACACGCUCCCUCGCCUGCCACGCCCAUGAGCCCGAGGCUUGCACGGCGUCCUCCUGCCUCAACGGCGGCCGCUGCGUCAGGAUCACCGAAGGAAACAGGUGUGUGUGUCCUCAAGGAUCGUGGGGAGCGCAGUGCAAGAUCCUCUCCCGCACGUUCUCUGGGUCGGGGUGGGCGUGGGUUCGGCGGCGCCUCCCUCCCUGCCUGCCCGUCACGGCUUCCAUCAGGGUGCUCACACGUCGCCCGUCUGGCCUGCUCCUUUACUCUGGCCCCCUUGCGCCGCACCCCCGCCACCCUAACGCCCUGCCUACACCCAUGCUGGCCCUGGAGCUGCAUGAGGGGCUGCCACAGCUCAUGGUGGAAGGCGGGGACGAGCCCCUCAAGCUGGUGGUGAACACGACGAUCCAUGACGGGAACUGGCACACGAUUCACCUCCAUCUUCAUCAAAAGGGCGCCGCGCUGAUGGUGGACUUGUGUGGCCGUGGUUGGGACGACCAGCAAAGCGAUGACUCGCACUGCGUGCAGCGGGCCAACUGGGUGGCUCCUUUAGGAAGCGACACGUGGGGAAUGUCCCUGCCGCUGCAAGUUGGUGGCCUGGCCCACGCCCCGCCCCACCCUGAGGACCACGGGUGGCUGGAGGCGCCAUCUCUGCAUCCCUUGGACGGCUGCAUCUCACACCUCACCCUCAAUGGUCAGCUGGUGGACCUGGGCGAGCCGGCCUACAGUGUGGGGAGCCACAGUGGCUGUAGCCUGCAGAGUGGUGCCUGUCCGGGCGGCGUUGGAGUGUGUGGAUAUCACGGGGAGUGUGUGGGUGGCCUCAACGAGGCCCACUGUGAGUGUCAGGCCGGUUGGACGGGCCUUGCAUGCUCCAUACCCACCCUGCCUGUCACGCUGGCCAAGAACUCGUACCUCAAGAUGGCGCUUUCCUUCACUCCGGCGCCGAGGAAACUGAAAAUCCAGUUACGGGUGAGAACAAGAGGGCCGCGCUCUGGCUACUUGGUGCACCUCGCCGCCCACCACCGCUCCGCAGCCUUCACCAUUCACCUGCGGGCGGGCGUGGCCUGUGCCUCCAUGACCGGUGCGGGCUGGGCGGCGCGGGUGGCGUGUGUGGAGGGCCGGCCGGUGGGGGACGGAUCGUGGCACACCGUCAGGGCUGAACGUCGCGGCCACAACCUCAUCCUGAGCGUGGACGACGGGGACGGCUGGCGGCGCAACGAGUCGCUAGUGUCGCUGCUGCCGCUGCCUGCUGCCUCUCGGCCCCCCGCACCCCUCCUGGUUGACAAACACGACGGCGUCAGUGUGGGUGGCAUUCCGGAGUUCUCCGGAGUUAAACUCAUUACUGUACUCAACGACCUCCACGACACUUGCGUGGAUGAUCUUAGGGUGUCUGGCCGCUCCCUGCCCCUGCCUCCCGCCGUCAAUGGCACCAGCUGGGCCCAGAUAACCACCUCGGGGGGCGUGGAGCAGGGCUGUCACGCCCCGGACGGCUGCCGCAACACCACCUGCACGCCGCCUCUCACCUGUACGAGUAACUGGGGCCACGCCACCUGCAGCUGCGGGGAAGGGCGGCAUCUGGUGGGUCAGAGCUGCAAGGACGUGGACGAGUGUGUGUGGCAGCCGUGUCUGCAUGGCGGCACCUGCUACAACCUGCGGCCGGGCUACCUGUGUGUGUGCGGCCCGCCCUACGCUGGGGACCAUUGCCAGUGGAAGAACCACCACGCAGGUGGCCACCCCCUCACGGCCCCGGCAGCCAUCGCGGCCCUCACCGUCUCCCUGCUGCUGCUUGUGGUGCUCGGCAUUGUGAUAUCCAUUCGGCUGCGUCGCCAGUGGGUCAGCCGCGACGUGCGUGACAACGGCGCUACCGACGUGGACGACGAGACGGGGGAGAUGCGGGUGGUGAAAUGCAGGGGGACGGACGAGGGAGGGGGCGGGGGCGGGGGAGGCGAGGGCAAGACGCAUCUGAGUGCCUCCCUUCCCCCCCAGCAUGACACCUACAUCGAGUGCCUCAAGUUCAGCCUCACCCACACCCAGCCCUCACACCUGCCGCCGCCGCCCCCGCCACCUCGCUGCGCAGGUGGGGAUACCCCCACGGCGGGUGAGGUGUCCAGCCCCCCGUGUUGCCGGCCUGAGGUAUCCGCCGCGGGCAAACCCUGCACCGUCAAACGGCCGCCGCCGGACCCGCUACUGCCCCGGGACGACCUGCGGGCUUACGCCUACGAGGGGGACGGCUCUUCGGCGGGCUCCCUCGGCUCGGCUAAGGCAGGGCUGCGGGCAGACCCCGAGGAGGAUGGCGGCAUCAGACCGCUUGUGUCCGAGUUCUUGGAGGUGAUGGACUUGUUGAAGAAUCUUCCUGAGGCAUCACGGUCGCCAUCUUUUCUCAACAAAGUGUACAGUAAGUCUUCAGUCGAGUUGCCAGUGAGUGAAGGCAAGCAGGAACCAGACCUGCAGGCCACCACCACCCUCGCCUCCACCCCAACCCAGCACAGGAAGCCUCGGCUGGCCUCCUGCUCGUCGCCACAGAGCAGGGAAGAGCUGUCCACCGCCUGCUGAGCCUUCCCCGCCGCCCGACCCCAUGUUACUCAGGGACAACAUCAAUCGCGCUGAUAUUCCACCUCGUCAGCUGCAGGGAAACUUUCUUUGGGCUGCGACCCUCAAAGGCGGCACCAGAGUGAUAAGACUUGGGGUACAGGGAGGCAGUUACUCAUGGGGCGCACACACACACACACACACACACACACACACACACGCAC